AUGGCCCAAAUACGACCUCCUGCGCCUAUGCGAAGUGCUUCUUCCCACCCGUUCGAGAGCAAGUUGAGCCAACAACUCCAGCCAGAAGCCUCUCCUGAACCGUUGGAACCUGUAUCGCGCUCGCCCAAGUCACGAUCCUUAUCAGAUGCCUCCAAGCCGACCACUUCAUCGCAGCCAGCAACGGGUGACCUAAAUCGGCCCCCGAGUAAGGACGACAGCGUCCUACCUACACCCGCUACCCCAAGCCGCUCGAGCAUUCACCACCCAAAUCUGGCUUUGAACCUCCCGUCAAAGACGGCCCCUUCGCCUGCCUUAACCCGUGCUCCCCUUUCUCCUAAACUCGAUUCAUCCCAAAUCUAUGGUUCACCAGGCUCGGUUCUCCCACGGCGCUCCCGUGGCUUGGACUUCUCCCGCGCUUGUACAAACCUCCACCACUCGACACUCGCGGAAUCCUCCCCCGACUCAUCCCCCACGAUUGGAGGUCGUGGGAUGAACAUCCCCCAGCGACGCGGAUCCCUCGGCUCUACCUCUGUUCCUCCUUUCUCUACGUCAGGGCCCGCCGAUCGGGCCACCAUUUCCAGCUCUGUCUCCAGUGUGAACAUGAUGGAGUCGGACACGAGCAGCAGCGAAGAAGAUGAUGAUGAUGACCAAAUGAUGGGUGACGCUACUGAUGCCGUGCUCAGUACUCCCCAGGCAAGUCGGAUGGGCGGCUCAAAUCCAUUCGCACCGGCUAACGUCCAAAGCCCCGGUAACGACUGGAUGGGUGGAUACUCCCAAGCAGCCGCCAAUCUCAUGAGCUUCCAGCGUGCGCGUUUCCGGAAAGGACGAAGCCGCCACAGCUCCAGCAGUGGGAACAGCUCCAAGCCAAGCCCCGGUCCUCAAUCACCUCCCGUAAUGAAGAGCGUCGAGCAUCCCUCGGCCGGGUACUUUGGACAAAAACCGAAUGCCAAUGCCCAUUCUCGACGUGAGAGUCUGAGCCUUGGUACCCGUGACCUACGGCUAUCUGACCUAAGUGAUGAUGGGGAAGGUCGGGGAGUCCGAAGUGGUAGCCCCACUGCUGGUGUCCAUCCAGAAGGUGGACCGUUGGGGGUCAUUCGCCGUGCUGUUACUCGUCGAAGCAGCCUUUUGCCCAAGACGAAGACCUUUGCUCGCAUUCGGGCUGCUUUAAUGGAGGAGGGCGCGCCGGCGGACGACGAUAUCAAGAAAGAGGCAGAAGUCAUACGGCAGGUCCGUGACACUGAGCCCGAGCCGACAUCUCCCACCUUGAGCUCUAUUCCCACUUUGAAGGCGUCUCAACAGUCGGAACCCAUGGAUGGAGAACAAAGCCCAACAAAGUCGACCUCCAACAGCUUCAGCAAGCAAGCUAGCCGUAACUCUGCAGGAGUGGAGUUCUGGAACUCCUUCGACGAGCGAUAUCGAACCCCGCCGCCGGCACGCCAGGCUCCUUUCACCCAUAUGGAAGACGAUAUGGCGAUAGACAUGACCCCGUCCACUACGGUUGAGUCCAAACCACGUUCUCGGUCGUCCACGCCUCACGCACCAGGGUCAGCUGUUGGAGAACUCCGUCGCAAGCGACGCCGAGAAGAUGACUUUGAUCCGAAUCUGUUCAAACGACGGGCUGUGUCUCCGAGUGUGAGCGCUCACAGUAGCCCAGUACUGACCCAUUCGUCUAUGGUUGACAAUGGUCCUAGUAUCUGGGGUCCGCCUUCGAAACUUGGUCCCCCUUUCAACCCAGACAAUGGCAAUCGCACUACACCACAUUCAGGUACUCCUAAGCGUGUUGGCCUACAAGGUAUGACGGAGGCUAGCGAUGGCUUUAUGAACAUGAGUAUCGAUCAUUAA